AUGAAUAAUUACACGACGCCACUGCAAUACUGUUUCAAUUCAAACGUAAAGAAGAAUCUGGACUAUACUGAAGUUGUCGAUGAUACUGACUGUCGCUAUCGAACCUGUAAAGCUAAAAGUUGCAAUGCUGUGGAAAUUGACUUGAUGCGGACAAAAGAUAACAUUCCUAUUAUAUUUCAUGAUGAAACCAUUGAAAGACUUACCGGUAAAAUUGGUAGUAUUAAAGAUAUGACUUGGGAUGAAUUAAAAGAAUUAGAUAUAAGUUAUAAUCAUCCACUCAGAGAAACUUUCAAAGGUACUGAGAGAAUAUUAUUAUUCAACGAAGCAAUAGAACAAUGUUUGAACAACGAUCUCAAUAUAUUAAUCGAUAUAAAAGAUUCAAAUUUAGACUUUGUUCAAAUAAUAAUUGACGCCUAUAAAAAAUAUCCAAAGUUAUAUGAAAAAGCUUUCAUAACAAGUUAUUUUCCCGUUACUAUUUAUAUGAUAAGAAGACGUGAUCCACGAAUAAUAACAUGUUUAGCAUUUGAACCAAAAGUAUUUUCACAAAUGGCCAAUGACAGUUCAAAAGAACAUGGUCUAAUACGCACAAAAAAUCCACUUAAAAAUUUAUCUAUUUUUUUACUUGACAUUUUACACGAAUGGGCAUUAAUGCGUUUCACUUAUUUCGUUCUCGGCAUCUCAUGUGUUCUUCUACACAAAGAUAUAAUUAGUCCGCACAUAAUUGAAGAAUGGAAGACCCGAGGAGUAAGAGUACUAGCGUGGCCUAUUAAUUUGCCAUCCGAAAAAAUUCAUUAUACGAAAACACUUAAAAUAACUUAUCUUACUGAUACUUUAUUAACUGAAAAGAUUACAUAA